GACUGACGGAGCCUGCCGACGCCGCACGGCGAAGCGCCACGCACGGACACAGAGCGGAGCGCAGCGCCGGCGGAGCCAGCGCGGAGCAGCAGCAGCCAGCGCGGGCGGGCGGAGACCAAACCGAGCGAACACCACACAACCUCGCAGCCAUGCGGAGGAAAUCGAGGAUCCUGCUGUGCUUUGCGGUGCUGUGGGUGCUGGGGAUAGCCUACUACUUCUACUCGGGGACAGCGCUGAAUCGAAAGGAUGAGUGGGGAUCCAGUGAUUUGUCCAAUAAAGGCCGAUCUCAGAAUUCUGAUGACAAGCUCCACAGCCUGGAGACUCUGCCACCAGGUAAGGUGCGCUGGCAGGAUUACGACCAGGAUCUGUACGUCGGAGCAACGGUAGUCCGGCCAGGUCAGGACCCCUACGCCAGGAACAAGUUCAACCAGGUGGAGAGCGACAAACUCCGAAUGGACAGAGCCGUACCCGAUACAAGACAUGAUCACUGCAGACAUAAACAGUGGAAGUCAGACCUGCCAGCCUCCAGCGUUGUCAUCACCUUUCAUAAUGAAGCUCGGUCCGCCCUGCUGCGGACUGUGGUCAGUGUCUUGAAGAAAAGCCCCACUCAUUUGGUGAAAGAGAUCAUUCUGGUUGACGACUACAGCGAUAACCCGGAGGACGGGGCGCUUUUGGGGAAGAUUGAGAAAGUGCGCGUGCUCAGGAACGACCGCAGAGAAGGACUGAUGCGGUCGCGGGUCCGUGGAGCAGACGCCGCCACAGCGCCGGUCCUUACCUUCCUGGACUCUCACUGUGAAUGUAAUGACCACUGGCUGGAGCCGCUGCUGGAGCGAGUGGCUGAGGAUAAGACCAGAGUCGUUUCUCCUAUCAUUGAUGUCAUCAACAUGGACAACUUUCAGUAUGUUGGAGCCUCGGCUGAUCUGAAAGGAGGCUUCGACUGGAAUUUGGUAUUUAAAUGGGACUACAUGACUCUGGAGCAGAGACGAGCCAGGCAAGGCAACCCCAUUGCCCCCAUUAAGACACCAAUGAUAGCAGGAGGUCUCUUUGUCAUGGACAAGGACUACUUUGAGCUGCUGGGAAAGUAUGACAUGAUGAUGGACGUGUGGGGAGGAGAAAACCUGGAGAUCUCGUUUCGUGUGUGGCAGUGUGGCGGGAGUCUGGAGAUCAUCCCCUGCAGCAGAGUUGGCCACGUCUUCAGAAAACAACAUCCGUAUACCUUCCCCGGCGGCAGUGGGACUGUGUUCGCAAGGAACACAAGGAGAGCCGCAGAGGUGUGGAUGGAUGAGUAUAAGAACUUCUACUAUGCUGCUGUGCCUUCAGCAAGAAAUGUCCCCUAUGGAAAUAUCCAGAGUCGUUUGGAAAUGAAGAAGAGAUUAGGAUGUAAGCCCUUCAAAUGGUACCUGGAGAACGUCUACCCUGAACUGAGGGUCCCCGAUCACCAGGACAUCGCGUUCGGAGCGCUGCAGCAGGGAGGGAACUGUCUGGACACUCUCGGCCAUUUUGCUGACGGGGUGGUGGGCGUUUAUGAAUGUCACAAUGCCGGAGGAAACCAGGAAUGGGCCCUGACCAAAGAUAAAUCGGUUAAACACAUGGACCUGUGUCUGACUGUGGUGGACAGAACAGCUGGAUCUCUCAUCAAACUACAAGGCUGUCGAGAGAACGACAGCAGACAGAAAUGGGAGCAGAUAGAGUCCAACUCGAAGCUUCGUCACCUGGGCAGCAACCUCUGUCUGGACAGCCGCAGCGCCCGGAUGGGUGGACUCACGGUGGAGGUGUGCACCACGAGCCUCAGCCAACAGUGGAAGUUCACCCUCAAUUUACAAUCAUAGGGGGCGCUGCAGACCCCCGAGAAGACUUUGACAGUGGAUUGAAACACAAAAUGACUCUGAGACAUGGAUGAGAACACCGAAACACCCAAGGAGAAUGACAAGUGGUCGUCCUCCUGCGCCGCGGAGGGCAGUCCGUCUUGUGAAUUGCCCCCUGUCCCCCCACCUCCUACACCCUCCCUCAAGCAGAGAGCUACGCCCACAGGGGGGAGGGUUCAUAGACUAUGACGGGGCGAAUGAACUGUACGUGGUGGAUGGAAGGGGACAGUGAUGAUCAGGAUGAGAGUAAAAGCGACGAGGAGGCUUUCGGUUCAGACUACUUACCUCAGUGUUUUUCAUUGAUGGUUCCAGAGGAAAGUGGAUUCCUUUUGUUCUUUAAUACUGGUAAAAUGGAACUCUUUGGCAUAACUAUUUUAUUUUCUUUUUCAUAUUUUUUUGUUUCUUGCUGUUAAAACACCACAAAGACUUGUUCUGUUCUUGGAAGAAAAAGAAAUCCUGUAAAAGCAGCUGGAGGCUUUGAGGUGUGGUGUCGGGCAGGUGUGGGUGUCGAGUGACGUAAGGGAGGAAAAUGGACUUGACUGAGCUUUUCCUCUCGUAUGCCUUCACUGGUUUAUAUAAAGAAGAAGAGAAAAAGGAAAUGGUGGCAGAAAUGAGGAGGAGAACCAGUCUUAUUUUGCUUUGUUUUCCAUUCGGUUGUUUUGCUGCAGAUUGGGUUUGGAGGAAGAAAAACCUCUUUAAUUUCGAUGGAGAGCGUGGUUCCUGUCUUCAUGCUGCAGCACUGGCUGCUGCAGCGCCUCAGCGUCGACACUUUUAUGUCUCUGAAACAAAAAGAAAUCUCAUCAGUCCUUAUUUUGCUUGUUUACUUCUGUGAAAAAGAUUGAACCAAAUCGUUUUAGAUAGAAAGUAUGUUUUGGGUUCCAGGAAGACAAGACGAGCAAUUAAAAACAGUUUCCUUCGUG